CCAUUUCCCCGCCUGCCCCCUUCCAUUUUCCCUUCUCACUCCCCCCUUCUCCGUACGAAGAACUUAUUACUCUCUCCUCGUACGAAGAUGCCUAUUUAUUACCAGCCUAUUAUCUGCAAAGAGAGUGGCCUCUCUCAUACUGAAAUUCGGCAACAGGCCCCAAAUCUGCCGCGCUGUGGGUGGUGCGGAACACGCUGGGCAAGCGCACUUGAGAUACCGGACGAUGAACAGAGUCGUACAGCUGAAACUCAGGGAGGCGAGCCUGGUCCUUCUCGUCGUACGGCUAUAUCUAGCCAGUCUUCAAACCCCCCAGCCCAGUUUAUCGCAGGGUCAAAUAGGACCCGUGAUAGCAACUUUCCAGCAAAUAUCCCUCGUACGACAAAACCACCUCUUGGCGUUGAUAUUGAGCUCAGCGUCUGGGAAGUUGUCCGAUAUUAACAAGUCGAGCAAACAUGGGAGCCAGUCGAGUGGAAGCACCGUGGUUCGCUACUGGGGGUUCCAAAACUUCGUCUGGCGAUCCCAGCAGGAGACAUUGAUCCGAGAUUGGCUAGAAACCUUCGUACGACCUGCAAUUUCAGUAAUUGAGGCAAAUUGGCAACGCUCCCCCGGCCAGCUCGUGAAGAAGUGCUCACCAAUGAAGGCGGUUCACCUACCGGAUACCUGUCGUACGAUUCAUGACCUCUUCGGAGAAAAUGGAGCAAUCCCGGCAAAACCAAACAGGCAAUUGAAGCUAUAUCUCUAUGUCCCUAGUACGACUGAUCCUUCUAAGCUUGCUCAGGAACAGCUAAGCCGAACUCCUCGUACGAAGCGAAGAAGACAAUCAUCUAUUGCAAUUAAGGAAGAAGACCAGGAUACUCUUGAACUAAUCCAAAUUACAAACUUUACGUCCCGUACGCCUAAAAGACCAGCCAAAACUCGUCGUACGGCUACCCAGGAACAAGACCAAGAAGAAGAACAAGAAGAAGAUCGGCGUACGGAGAAGGAAGAUAACCUUCGUACGGAAGAGGAGGAACCGUGAGACACGACGGGAAUCUCAUCUUCCUCGUCGUACAAAGCAGAAUUGAAGACCUCACCAAUAUCUGGAGAUAAUGCCUG